AUGGGUCUCUGUGGGGCGCUGCCCCCCCGCAGGGUCUCCCGCCCCGAUGUUGUCACUGUCCCCGAGGGGGGGUGGCCUCCGGAGCGCCCCCCCCAGCGCCUGCAGGACCUGGGGCCGCCCGUGGAGCACGUCUAUGAGGUGGUGAACGAGGGCCCCAGCUCCAUCAGCCAGGGCUCCCUGGAGCUCCGCUGCCCCCUGCGCUACCGGGGGCUCCCCCUGCUCCUCGUCACCGCGCACUCGGGGCCCCCCAACUGCUCCAGCAGCCACCCCAUGGACGGGGGAGGGGCGGAGGAGCAGGAGCAGGGCCUGGCCCCUCACGUGCUGCAGCGCCGGGACACAGGGGGCAGCGGGGACACGAGCAGGAGGGACCCCCCCGUGCUGCCCCACACCCUGGGCUGCCCCGAGGCCGAGUGCUUUCUCCUGAGCUGCCCCAUGGGGGCGCUGGAGCGGCAGCAGCGCGUGAGCCUCAGCCUGCGCUUCCGCUUGAGGGGCGCCCCCGCGCGGCCGGUGAGGGAACUGCACCCCCCACACACACACAGCGAACCCUAUGGGGACCCAGAACCCCCCCCCCCCACCCCACGGAGGCCCUGGGACCCCUUGGGGUGCUCUGGGACGGCCAUGGGUGCCCUGUGGGUGUUG